UCCGGCUCCUCGGGUCCCGCUCCCAGCCGCCGGUCCCGAACCUCCUACCCGCGCGGCCAUCGGCGCCCUCAGAGCCCGGCGCGUCCUACUUCGUCCCCUAGCGUCCGGCGCCUGCAGGGAACGCGCCUUGGUUCGUAGGUGAAGACGCCCAGACAAGUGGAAGAGUGUUUUCUCCUCUGGCCGCCAGGCAGGCACCCUCUGCACCAAGAGGUAGGAGGACCCUCAGCCCCCUUCUUCCCCAGGGGUUCUGCCCACGCCAUUCAGGUCUCAUUGUUGGGCUCUGGUGGCGCCCAGGAGAAAGGGGUUGGCUGAGAACUGAGUGGGGGAAACUGGGCCAGCCUGGGAUCCAGUGACGUACCCCAGUAGAAGACAUAGACACGGCCGGGCCCCAGGGACCGGCCAGCCUCCCUCAUAAUGAAGCCAAACGCAAUGAAGAGGCCGACCCUUGGUCACCCAUCAGGUUGGCAGAGGUUCAGCGGGAUGUCGAUGCUUGGGGCCAGCCAGGGCGUGAGGGCACGGCACCCUUGCCCGUGGUCGGAGGGUGUCCGCGCGGAGCCCUUGCAGCCGGCCGCGUGUUGGCGUGUGUCAGCAUCUCGGGUGCGUGUGCCGUGUGCCCCGGGCCUCCUCCUACGCGGGUCUUCCGGCCGCGGCAUGUGGUCAUGUCGCGUGUCUGUAGUGGCAGAAAGCGUCAGGCAGUCUGUGCGUCCCCAUCGGUGGGGGAAGAGUCAGGAACCUGUGGGACAGCCGACAACGGGAUACCGUGUAGGCGGUGGAAAUGUGACAGAUGAAGGUGUACAGAUGCGAAGGAGUGUUCCUGAGGUGCUCGCGUGAGGCCCUGGGAGCUCCGGGAGAUGAAGUUCGGCUGCCUGUCCUUCCGGCAGCCCUACGCGGGUUUCGUCUUAAAUGGGGUGAAGACCCUGGAGACGCGGUGGCGGCCGGUGCUCAGCGGCCACCGGCACCGCACCCUGGCAGUGCACGUCGCGCGCCGGGACUGGGAGGACGCGGCCUGGAGGGAGCUGCUGGUGGAGAGGCUGGGGAUGAGCCCCGCUCACGUGCAGGCCUUGCUGCGGGACGGGGAGAAGUUCGGCCGCGGCGUGGUAGCCGGGCUGGUUGACAUCGGGGACACCCUGCUGUGCCCAGAGGACUUAGGUCCCGACGAGGUUGCGGAGCUGGAGAAUCAGGCCGUGCUGCCCAGCCUGCAGCACAAGUACCUGACGGCGCUCACCAACCCGCGCUGGCUGCGGCAGCCGGUGCCCGCGAGAGGCGGGAAGGACGUCUUCCAGGUGGACAUCCCCGAGCACCUGAUCCCCUUGGGGCAGGAGGUCUGACCGGACUGGACUCUUGAGAGGAAGGGGACCGAGAGGCUCGCUCAUCGCGACAGGGACACCGUCCACUCGCCUUCUCGCCCCACACGUGCACGUCUGCUCGGGGCCGAGUUGGCCCUGCCCUGGGCAGUGCUGCCCGCGCCGUGCUGUUCACGAAAGCAGGUGGGCCCGCCUGGUGCGGGGCCGGGGGGCCGGGGCCCUCCUCGUGCGGCGCCGCUGUGGGAUCAAGGACAGAGCCUUGAGGACUUUGACCUUUGGGAAAAGAGGGCGUCGCCGCGCGCCUUGGCCCUGCUGAUUCUGGGUGGUUGAAAGAAAUGUGUGUCGAGAGGACUGUGUUUUCCCCUCCUUGUUCUGGUCAAAACUCCCAGGUGUUUGCCCGCAUCGGGGGACGACGGGGGAAGGCCAGGGGCGGGCCUCGUGCAGGCGGGAGAGGCCCACGGGCCCAGAAUCGGGGCGCGGUCUGUCCUGGCAGGUGACCCUUGCCCUGUUGUAAAGUGUCCCUUGGCCCUGGAAGCGUGUGUGUUAGACGCGCUGCCCGGCCGCGUCUCGUCCAAAGACGGGCUCCUAAACACAGCUCUGAGGGCAAAGCGGCAACAAGGGCUGGUGUUCACUUUGUGGAAACCUUUUACUCGUCUGUGGGCUUGGGGGUCAUUUGUUAGCACGGUUUCUAGUUGUUGUUACCUCUGAGGGUGCUGGGCUUUCCCCCAGGCGUUGGACGGAAUGGCC